GCAGUUCAAGAGAAAUCUCUAUUUAAUCGUCAGUGUCUAAUAUCGAAGAUAACAGCGAUAUAUGCUUCUGUCUGACAUGGGAGAGCAACAAAACAGAACCAAGCUGUCUUCAUUCUGCGUGGGUUGUGGGCUUGAGAUCCUGGACCGCUUCAUUUUGCGCGUUUCCCCUGAUCUGGAGUGGCACGCGCGGUGUCUGAAGUGCGCGGAGUGCCAUCAGUUUCUGGACGAGUCCUGCACCUGCUUCAUCAGAGACGGCAAAACCUUCUGCAGAGAACACUACAGCAGAUUAUCCACCAGCAAGUGUGCAAAAUGCGACAAAGCCUUCAUAAGCAAAGAGUUUGUGAUGCGUUCUCAAGUGAAUAUUUAUCACAUCCAGUGUUUUCGAUGCGAGGGAUGCAAUCGUCCAUUACUUCCUGGAGAUGAGUAUGUUCUGCAGGACGGUCAACUGCUUUGCACCGAUCAUCAUAACAAACUAAUGAGUGCUUUUAUAAACCAACAGAAGGAGGCUGGCGAUCCAUUCGAGGAGAUCAAAUCCACACUGUCCUGGUCCUCAAUGCAGAGGUGUUCAGAGAGGGCGACCCGCGUCAGGACGGUUCUCAGUGAGACUCAGCUCUGCAUGCUUCAGACCUGUUACACUGCAAAUCCCAGACCUGAUGCUCUCAUGAAAGAGCAGCUGGUUGAAAUGACUGGUCUCAGUCCUCGGGUCAUUCGUGUCUGGUUCCAGAACAAGAGAUGCAAAGAUAAGAAGAGAAGUCUGACCAUGAGACACACACAGAAGCAGCUUGAGGGGCAUCUGGUUUCAGAGGAGCCGCUACUGCUGGUCAGUACAGAGAGUCAGGACAGUGAUGUGAUGAUCAGCCCACCAUGGAAACUACUGACCGACUUCAUUCUGGAAAACGAAGCUGAGCACAGAUCAUUCCCACAAAUGCUGUCUUUACCAACAGAAGGCCCGUGUUCUGCUGGAAGUGAAGUUGCGUCAGUAUCAGACACCGCCAACAGCCUGACAGCAAGUCCAACGGACAUCAGAGAGUGAACAGAGAUACACCAGCAAUUCAAUGUAUACUUGCUCAAUUGAAGUAUUAUUUAAGGUGGCUGUGAGAGCUUAACGUGCUGCAAUAAAAAAAAAAAUACAAUUACAAAAAACAGCAGCAAAUUAAGAAAAGAUCUUCAUCCGUGUGACACAUUAAAAAAUGUUUAAAAAACACAACAGAAAUGUUUUGUGGGACCCAAAAACGUGACGAACGCUGCUGUGCCAUGACUAUUGCUCAGUGAAGUUGUAGGUGAUCUUUGAAAGGUGAGUUUUUGUUUGUUUAUUUAAACGUCCAGAUUCCCUUUGUUCAUUUUAUUAGCCCAAAUAACCAUAACCUAAAUGGUCUGUCACAUUUUAGGAUCCUUUUAAAACAUUUCCAUUGUGUUCCGAGCUAUUUUGCAAGUAUUUUAUGACAAUGUAGUACAUUUUAUUAAUUUGUUUGCAUUGUAAGAAAAUGCAGUGCAUUUUUUUAAAAAUGUGUAUGCGCUGUAAGGAAUUGCAGAAUGUGUGCUGUUAAACGGAUGUACCCCUUUUCUUAAUUUGCUGGUGUUUUUUGUAAUUGCAUGUGUUUUCUUAAAUUGCUGCACCUUCAGCUCUCUUAACCACUAUAAUUAAUUUUUCUGAUUUAAAUCUUGUAAACACAGUGUAUAUUAUUAAAACAAUAGUAAUUUAUUAUAUUUAAAGCACAAGGAUUAUCCUGUGUGGGUAAAAUGUGACAGCGUGUUAGUGCUCUUAUUAUUUUGCAAUGUAUUUGCUUAUUAAAAUGAACUGUUGUUGUAUUUUUUUUUUAAUUUGCAUUCAAUUCAGUUUGUUAACCAAUGUGCCUAUAUGGUUGCGCCAAAAGUACUGGUAGAAAUGAAACAAAAAUUAUUAAAAUUAAUGUCUUGUAUUGCACAGAUCGUCUAGAAAGUUUGAUAGAUAUUGUAUUUCAUUAUUGGUAUAUAAAUUAUAUUAUCACAAAGUU